CAACCUUGCCCCGCGCGCCUUUAUACCCCUUCCGGGGCCCGGGCGGGGUAUGCGGGCGGGCCGCCGCGCAUAUGUUCUUUAUUUUCCCGCGGGAAUCCCGGGACGAGUGGAAGCGCCCGGGCGAUUAAUAGCACGGGGGCCGGCUCUGCGUAUUGGCGCGCCCUUGUUAGUGUCCCGCGUAGGAUAUGGCCCGCGCCGCGCCCGCGCCGCGCCGCGCCCGCGUAUUCUUUCACCUAUACUGACGAAGUCGAUGGAGAAUGUCGACGCUCCGCCACCCAGCAGAACUAACGCCAAAGUGCCCCGCCAUCCGAUACAGGCCGAGGCCGCAGCCAGCCAGCAGCGUUCCCGGUAUUUGUGCCCGGGCCCGGCGCGCCUUGCUUGUUUGCCUUCUUUGCUUGUUGGCAGCGGGCGCCUUGGGUGCCUGUGGGCCCUUCCCAUUGCCUCCCCCGCCCUGCUGCUUGCUUUUGGCGCCUGGGCCUCGGCGCCGGCUGCCGGUUGUGCAUCCACGAAACGAACCGGCCCCGGCGUGGCUUCUUUCUUUUCUGGCGGGCGCCUCCUUCCGGGCUGUCAGUCGGCCCGAUGGUGUUGCCGCCUCGCGCGCGGGCCCGCCGGGUGCCGGGCCCCCAAGCACUCCCUCGCAAUAGCGCCGGCCCCGAGGCCGGGUUGGCCGCGC